AUGGCACACGACCACCAUCACAGCAAUUCACCGUACACACAGACACUCGAAGAACUAGAUUUCAUGCGAUCAAUACACAACGCAUGCAUCGAGGGUGCAACCGAAAAGGUGCGAAAUAUUAUAGUUAAGAAAGGGAGUCAUGUUGUUAAUGAGCGGGACAGUACCGGAUACACUCCGUUGCACUACGCUACACGCAAUAACCAUCUGGAGAUAUGUCGAAUACUACUCUCGCACGACGCCGAUGUUAAUGCAACUACUCCGGAAUUGCUAUCGACUCCACUCCAUCGCGCAAUUCUCAUUAACAACCAGUCGCUAACGUCCUUACUUCUCCUUAACGGAGCCAAUUGCCGCUUGCAAGAUAUUGAUGGCCAAACACCUCUCCACAAAGCAUGCGAAAAGGGAUACACAGACAUAGCAGUGAUGCUGGUGAAAAGAGAUAGAUCAUUAUUGGAAAUUAAAGAUAAUAAGGGAAGGACGCCGAUUGAGUGUUGCGCGAGUGAGGAAAUGAAAACACUUGUCUUCAAAGUUGGAAGCGAGAAGGGUUAA